AUGCAGAUCAUAUGCCCACCAUGGAUGAGAAGGACAACAGUGAGGAAAGAGAUGGCCAAUGAGUUGGAAGCAGUGAAGAAAAUAAUCUUGCAUCUGAAGAAAGCCCUUCAGGUAACAGAUGCUGAAAAAGAACUGGUUCAUGGUGGGAUUGUGGACCAAUCAGGGGGUUUGAACACAGCACAGAUAGGAAUGGUGUUCUCCAUAUUUAUGGACAUUGAUAUGUCUAUAUCAGCUCAGAGAAAUGGGAUCUGGUGGUGUGAACAUGAUUCCAAGCAGUCCAGCAUGGUUAGUGGUUUUGGUGCUGGAUUGAUGUUCACAGGUCUCAAUAAGGUCAGUGAAAAGAGUUCAAGUGGUAUGAACACAGUGUUGAGUGGUCCAGCAUGGUCUCAGGGGGGUGACAUAUCAGAAUCUGGGAAUGAUGAUUUGUGCAACCCAAAGGGGUCCUGCAGUGGCCCAGUCAAUAUGGACAGGGGCUUUGGUUCUGGAACAAUGGGGACACCAUUUCAAGUGGUCCAGCAUGCCCUGAGGGGGAAUGGUCAGAUGGGAACAUUGACAAGUACAUGUCCAUACAAGGCCAGUGGAAUUGGACCUGGGUGGAUAAACACCAUUCCAAGUGGUCCAGCAUGCUCUGAGGCAGGGGUGGUUGGGUGGGCAUACUGGUAUACUAUCCAAUCAUUUGGACACAGUCUGGACAGGGGCUUUGGUAAGGGGUUGAUGUUCACCAGUGUUCAUCAGUGCUUUCUGUGGUUCCCCAUAUUUUAUGGACCUGUAGUGAUCUCCUUGAGUACAGGGGAAGAGGUUCCCAUGGGACAAACACUAUUUCAAAUGGUGCAGCAUGGUCUCAGUAGGGAUGGUCAGAGGCUGGGAGAGAUGAACCAUCUGCUCCAACAUGAGUCACAGGGUGACACACACAAUUUGGACAGGGGCUUUGGCACUGGAUCAAUGUUUGCAGACCUACAAGAGGUUGGGAAAGAUGAUCCAUCUGCUCCCAAAAUGAGUCACAGGGUGACACAGUCAAUUUGGACAGGGGCUUUGGUGCUGGAUUGA